AUGGCCUACGGCAAGAAACAUGCGCGAUAUGGCGAAAUGCAUCUUGCGGUCCCUCAAAAUGACAAGUGUCACCCGGUGGUCGGCCGCACCUAUAAGGAGCAGUGUCAAUAUCAGCUCAGCACCGUUAUUGGAAUGAUGACCGGUGGCAAGGACUCUUUGCCGGAGCUGCCCUGUCAUGCGUUUCCAGGACCAGUGUUCUGGAACAAAUUGCGGCAGGCUCAAGACAGCGAAACGAAAACAAGCCCCUCUAUUUCUGAAGAUGAAGUCAAAGAGUUGACUGUUGAGACCCAGCAAGAUGAGAGAAAUAAUAAUGAGGCAGUACUCUCCAAUUCACCAACACUCUUCGAGAAAACCCUCGCUGUCGUGCCGGUGGGUCGCGAGGUGAUCGCAUACCUCUGGUCUGUCGACACCCCCGCCGUUGGCAGACUUGCCUCUGCUUCUAAGGCUUGUUCAGAUGCCGUAGCCAUCUUUGUGUCUCGCUUUCACCUUCCACUUGGCGACUAUCAAGACUGUGACUGGCAUCCCUCUGCGCUUGUCGACAUCGAUGACGCACGCCGUUCGACGAUUGGGAUUGGUCGCAACCUCUUUAUUCGGGGAAGAGAUACCAACGUCAUUCCUAGUGGCAUCAAGGGUAUUCCAAAGGCGUGGUUGAGUUACGAAACCCGCAAUACUCUAUGGAAUGUUGCGCAGGAUAACAAGGCGGAUGCAGACACCUACGAGAAGUUCUUCCUAUUCCUGGUUAACGACCAGAGACUUCUCAAUGCUGAAGCCAAGUUAGGUGCUAAAUACCACGAGCAGGGCCUAUCUCCCGCGAAGGCAACCAACCACCAUCUGCGGGAGAUAUCAUACAACAUCCCCAUAUUGCGGUCACUUUACCAAUACGGUGGUGCUCUGAAGGCCCUGCGUUUGCACGAAGUUCCCAUGAUGGACGUACGGAUCGUCGAGAUGAUUCUCAUGACAUGCCCCAAACUCGAGAUUCUGGGGGUCAUAAAUUGUGAGCUCAUUCACGUCGGCAACCUAAUCUUCCUGCUAGACCUGAUCUACUGGAACUCCAAGAAAAUGGCAAAAAAACCAGUGAGCCUCCAGUUUCAUCCACGAACCUACCUUGGCCCGCUGGAAAACCGCCUUGGUACUCAUAUCGUCUCGUGGGACCCGAUAAAUGUCAAUGUUCUGACCGCAACUCUCGCUUUGGUCUUCCUAGCUGCCAUCAAAGCUCUGCCAAUGGGCAUCGACCUUCUCUCCAAAGGUCAGGACUUCCGUAAGUUCUUCGAUCUCAUACCAAUGAGGCCUGGCCAGGGAGCAAUCUUUCUUCACCAUGUCUUCACAUGGGUUGACGCGGCCAAGAGUCCCCCUUCUUACGCCCUUCUCCCCAAGCAAACCAAGGAAGACCUUGAAGACCAGGUAGUAAUGAGCCUGCUUCAGGGCUGUGACCAAAAAAUGAAGCGCCGUCAACGCAACGAUCAAUUUAAACAAAACACUUGCAGCCGAUGCAGCAACACCUUGAUCCGGGCUUUCUUCCGCCCGGAGAUGGACACCCGCCGGCUGGCGCAUUGGGUUUGUCGCAUAUGCGACUUGAAUUAUGCCCUAGAUGGGGAGGUUCACCAUCGAUUGAUUGAGAAGAGGAAUCUGCUCGACAUGGUCCUUUCCUUGCCAGAUAACGCCUUGAAACGCACAAGUCAGAUCACACAUAAGGAACUCCAAGAGGUCGUAGCACCGCUGCUUGUAAACCCCUUCGCCCGUUCUCCGGCACUCAACAGCGUAGCUCGCAUCCAGGCGGUUCGGAACCACCUAAACUUACCCAAAGUGCAGGAUCUUAUUGCGCCUGAGAGGGAUUUCGUCAUCCUCGGAGCAUCCGGAGAGGCAGCACUGCUUGACGUGGACGACCUGCUUCAGGAACUGGAGGGCAUCUAUAUGGAUCAUCCAACGCUGACGAAGCAAACCACCCCCACCUGGGCUCGCCUGAACGGUAAAAGGGCCCGUAACCAGGCUUGGGAGUACGUCCUCUGGAAGAACGCAGUCAAGGACACCAAGGAGCACCAGACGAGUCGGUUCUGGUAA